AUUUUAUUGUUACUCGUGUGGCAAAAUGGCGACGACGAACGUAGACCCAGCAUUUGUGAAUGCCGGUCAAACUGAAGGGCUAGAAAUUUGGAGAAUUGAGAAAUUGAAAGUGGUGCCUCAAGAACCAACAACAUUUGGUGUAUUUUAUUCCGGGGACUCCUAUAUCGUACUCAAGACAAAGAAGAAUGGAACGAGAUUGGAAUGGGAUAUACAUUUCUGGCUAGGCAGCACCACAACCCACGAUGAACAAGGUAUAGCAGCCUAUAAAACUGUCGAAUUAGAUGAUUAUUUAGGAGGAGCACCAGUACAACAUCGAGAGGUACAAGAUCAUGAAAGUAAAUUGUUUAUGUCCUACUUCAAGAAAGGCAUUAAAUAUUUAGAAGGUGGUAUAGAGUCGGGUUUUAAGAAAGUUGAAAGAGAUGUGUAUGAAACUAGGUUAUUACAUAUUAAAGGUAGACGUAAUGUCCGAGUGAGACAGGUGAAAUGUGAUGUAAGCUCACUGAAUCAAGGUGAUGUAUUUAUACUGGACGCUGGUCUCACUAUUUAUAUCUGGAAUGGUCCUAGUAGCAGUAUGAUGGAGAAAAUCAAGGGAGCCGAGGUGGCUAAAAGAAUCAAAGAUGAAGAACGAGGUGGAAAGGCUCAGAUAUACAUUAUAGAUGAGAAAUGGGAUUCGGAUGAGAAGUUUUUUAAAGCUCUUGGUUCAGAAGGCGAGAUCAGUAUCAAAAAUGAAGAAAAUGGUGGUGAUGAUCGCGAGUUUGAAAGAAUGGAACAGGAAAAUGUGAAAUUGAUGAGAGUAUCUGAUGCUUCUGGUCAACUAGAAAUAGAAGAAAAGGGCAGUAAACCAUUGAAACGAACUGAUCUAGAUUCAAAUGACUGUUUUAUCCUGGAUUCUGGACCCAGUGGUAUCUUUGUCUGGGUUGGUAAAAACUGUACUAAAAACGAAAAGAAUUCAGCGUGGCAAAAUGCUCUGGAGUUUUUAAAUCAAAGAGGUUAUCCGAAAUGGACACCAAUCAGUUCCCUGGUAGAGGGAGCUGAAACACCACUAUUUAAACAAUAUUUCUCUUCAUGGGAAACUGAGAAAUUGACUGAUUUCAGCCAUGUAUCCCCUGACGAAGGCAGUAAUAUAGCGAGUAGUGAUGAACAGUUUGAUGUCUCUGAACUCCAUUCUCAUCCUGCUCCCAAAUGUGAUGGCUUCAUGCCUGAUGAUGGAUCUGGGACUGUAAAGAUCUGGAGAAUAGAGAACAGAGAACGAGUGGCUGUACCAGAAGAUACCUAUGGUGUAUUCUAUUCCGGUGACUGUUAUAUUCUGUUAUAUACAUAUCAAAAAUCAAACCGAGAUCAUUACAUAAUCUACUUUUGGCAGGGUAAUAAAAGUACUAUUGAUGAACGUGGAGCUUCAGCUCUACUGGCUCAGAACCUUGACGAUACAGAAUUAGAUGGUGCUGCAGUUCAGAUUCGUGUCGUACAAGGGAGAGAACCGGAACACUUCCUGAGGUUAUUCAAAGGAAAGAUGUUGAUACUAAUGGGAGGUAUUAACAAUGUUAUUGAAGAAACACCACUCAAAAUGUUUCAUAUCCGAGGUACAAAUGAUGUCAAUACACGUGCUGUUCAGGUGCCAUGUCGCUGUGCUUCUCUCAAUUCUAACGAUGUAUUUGUUGUUCAUGAUGAUUCCAAGUUAUUUGUCUGGAUUGGAAAGGGAGCCAGUGACGACGAAGUAUCGGUAGCCAGAAAUGUUGUCCAGUUUAUUUGUCCUAAUAGAGAGGUAACUGAUGUCAAGGAAGGAGAAGAAACUGAAGAAUUCUGGGGAAUUGUUGGUGAGAAGGAAGAGUACGCUACAGGUCCACGACUUGAGAGUGCUCAAAAUGGUUUACCAAGCCGAUUGUUCCAAUGCUCCAAUGCCUCCGGAAAGUUUAAACUAGAAGAAAUUAUCAACUUUGAUCAAGAGGAUCUUGUAGAAGAUGAUGUAAUGUUAUUAGAUGCCAGCGAUGCGAUAUUUGUGUGGGUAGGAAGGGGAGCUAAUCAUCAAGAGAAGAAAGCCAGUUUAACUGCUGCUCUAGAGUAUAUUAGAACAGACCCUGCUGGUAGAACAUCAGAUAAUACUCAAAUAGUACAAAUUAAACAAGGAUUUGAACCUCCCAAUUUCACUGGACAUUUCCAUGCUUGGGACCCUGAGAAAUGGAGUCAUGGUAAAACGUAUGAAGAGCUGAAGAAAGAACUGGGAGAGGAAAAUGUAGCAACUACAACAGUAGAAGAGGAAUUGGCCAAUUUUUCUAAAGCAUAUAGUUACGAUGAAUUACUGAAGAGAACCCCACCACCUGGUGUUGAUCCUACAGAGAAAGAGGCCCAUCUAUCAGAUGAUGAUUUUAAGUUGGUUUUUAAAAUGUCACGAGAAGAGUAUUUAGCAAAACCACAAUGGAAGCGAACCGCAAUGAAAAAACAAGUGGGACUAUUUUAAAGGUGGAAGAAUAUAUAGUUGCAAUGUGGUUUACUGAGAGAUUCAUACAUUUUUAUAGUCAGAGGCAUGCUAUCUGAUGGUCAUUUAUUGACGUUUGUGGUUAUCAAAAUUACCUGGUGCCAUCCACGGGGAAAGGGAUAUUUAUUUUCGGCACAAUGAAUAAUAUUUGUUAUUUUUACUUGAAAAUACCUUGACGCACAAUUAGCCUUUUUCAAUUGUUUUUGGUCAAAUUCUUUAUCUACCUCUGUGCUAUACAUAAACUGUAUGGUACACAGAACAAAUACUUUAUCGCAUUCCCAUCGUUUAUUCCUCGUCUUCCUAAGAGUAGAUUUUUCCAAGACAUAUGGUGCUUUAUUGGAUAUGAUACGUCUUGAUAUUCUUAUGACAGUGUUACAUGAGUAUUAUGUCUUCCAGGAUCUUAAUUUUUUAAACUUAGAAUUUCUCAUUGUAGUGCCUGUGUUUUUUUUUUAUGUUUUUCUAAUAUUCCGAUGUUCAUUGUAUAUGGAAGUUUUCAAUUACUAGUAUACUAAUUGAUUUCAACGACCCUUUGCGACUUUAUCAUCUACAUGUCUAAUAAGGUCUUACGGAUAACUUAAAAUUAUAACGACCUUAAAGUUAUAACGACCUACUAGAUAACAAUGUAGAGCCUGGUUAAUCUCUUAUGGAGACGAAAGCCCUAAUCUUUUUAAGAGGUGUUUGCUUUCUAUUUUAAAUUGUAUAUUUUUAACAGACCUUAAUAGGAUCUUUAUAUUAUUACUUAUAUUACUUGGCUCAGAGUGCUGUGAUGUAUAUAAUUAUAAUACACUGUAUUAUUAUAAUCACUAAAAUGCAUGUUAUUAGAAUUUGACUUUUGUUUUUUGCAAUGUGGAUGAAUGCGUUUGUUUAUGCAACCACAAAGCAAACGUGUUUACUUCGAAGUUUUAUAUUUACCGUUUUUAAAACCUUAAGAUACUUUGCAAUUAAAUAUGGAUAUUUCAUCUCAAGCUCUUUUGAAACAUUUUAUUGUUAAUCUUUUCUUUUUGCACGCCGUUGAAUUUUCAUAUUUUUCUAUUUAUAUAUUAUCUUGUUAGCUUUAUUAAAACGUUUAUUCUUCUUUG